CAUGUGUAUGUGACCGGGCACAUUUUUGUGUUCAUUUAAUAAAAAUCUCAGUCACCUUUCUCUGCUGCACUUUUCACUGCACCAGCUGUUACUGAAAAAAGUUAUCGGUGAUUAAAAAAUCGUUUUCUAAUUUAAAAAAUUAUUGCAUCAGUUUACUGAAACAUCGCAGGUUAUCAAAAUGGGCGAAUCAAUGACUGCGAAGCAAAUCCGUCAAGCUUACAUUGACUUCUUCAAGGAAAAAGGCCACCAGUAUGUCCAUUCUAGCUCCACAAUCCCCCACGAUGAUCCAACUCUGCUGUUUGCCAACGCUGGGAUGAACCAGUUCAAACCCAUUUUCCUGGGCACUGUGGACCCCAACAGCGACAUGGCUAAAUGGGUGCGAGUCGUAAACUCCCAGAAGUGCAUCAGAGCUGGUGGGAAACACAACGACCUCGACGACGUGGGUAAAGACGUCUACCAUCACACGUUUUUCGAGAUGAUGGGCAACUGGUCAUUCGGAGACUACUUCAAGAAGGAAAUAUGCACGUGGGCUUGGGAGUUUCUGACCCAAGUGAUGAAGUUGCCAGCAGAUCGGCUGUACGUUACUUACUUUGGUGGAGACGAGAAGGCCAAUCUCGCUGCCGAUGAAGAGUGCAAGCAGCUGUGGUUAUCUGUUGGAGUCCCACCCUCGCACAUCUUGCCGGGAAGCAUGAAAGACAACUUUUGGGAGAUGGGAGAGACUGGACCCUGUGGUCCAUGCAGCGAAUUGCACUUUGAUCGGAUCGGCGGCAGAGAAGCUGCUCACCUGGUCAACAUGGAUGACCCAGAUGUUCUAGAAAUAUGGAAUCUUGUAUUCAUCCAAUACAACCGUGAGUCUGAUGGCAGUCUACGUAAUUUACCGAAAAAACACAUUGAUUGCGGUCUGGGUUUAGAACGAUUGGUAUCUGUUAUUCAGAACAAACGUGCCAAUUAUGAUACAGAUCUAUUUGUGCCGCUGUUUGAUGCUAUUCAAAGUGGGACAGGAGCAAGACCUUACACGGGAAAAGUAGGUGAUGAAGAUAAAGAUGGCAUAGAUAUGGCUUACCGUGUGUUGGCUGAUCACGCACGUACCAUUACUGUUGCCUUAGCUGACGGUGGAAUGCCAGAUAAUACCGGAAGAGGAUAUGUAUUGAGAAGAAUUUUACGUCGCGCUGUUCGUUAUGCGACUGAAAAACUAAACGCCAAGCCUGGAUUCUUUGGCUCUCUAGUUAAUGUUGUUGUCAAUCUUCUCGGUGAUACUUUCCCAGAAUUGAAAAAAGAUUCCCAGUCUAUUAUUGACAUCAUCAAUGAAGAAGAAACUCAGUUUUUGAAGACGCUGUCUCGUGGACGUAAUCUACUUGAUCGUACUAUUGCUAAAUUGGAAAACGCUAAAGUGGUACCUGGAGAUGUUGCCUGGCGUCUUUAUGACACUUACGGAUUUCCUGUUGAUCUCACGCAGUUGAUGACCGAAGAAAAAGGCAUGUGCGUAGAUAUGGCUGGCUAUGAAGAAGCUAAAAAAGCAGCCCAGCUUGCGUCACAGAGCAAAGCUGGUGGUGUCGAUGAUCAGAUAAAUCUUGACGUUCAUGCGAUCACAGAAUUGCAAAAAAUGAAUAUCCCCCCAACUGAUGAUUCGUACAAAUACAAUUACAGUUCUACAGAUGAAAUAGAUGCGGAAUAUAAAUUUGAACCGUGUGUGGGAACAGUGAUCGCUAUGAGACGCGCUAAAAAAUUUGUGGACGAAGCAUUACCUGGAGAAGAAGUUGGAAUUUUAUUGGACAAAACUUGUUUCUAUGCUGAACAAGGUGGUCAAAUUUACGACGAAGGAUUUUUGGUAAAAGAAUCUGGUAAUGAUGAUGACAGUGCCGAGGUUCGUGUUACAAACGUUCAAGUCCGAGGUGGAUACGUUCUUCACAUCGGUACAGUUGGUACUGGAGUUCUGAAGAAAGGUGAUAAAUUAAAUCUAAAAAUCGACACCGCUCGAAGACGUCUCAUAAUGAGUAAUCAUUCAGCAACUCAUGCACUAAACUUUGCAUUGAGAAAAGUCCUUGGCACUGAGGCAGAUCAAAAGGGAUCACUUGUCGCUCCCGAUCGUCUGAGAUUUGAUUUCACAAAUAAAGGCGCUAUGUCAACCAACGAUAUCAAACAAGUUGAAGAAUUUACUAUGGAGUUGGUAGAAGACAAUAGAAAAAUUUUUGCCAGAGAAAGUAAACUGGGAUUGGCUAAGACCAUACAAGGAUUGCGAGCAAUGUUUGAGGAGACUUAUCCUGAUCCCGUGAGAAUAGUCAGUAUGGGGGUGCCAAUUGAUGAGCUUGAAAAAAAUCCUCUUGGUCCGAGUGCGAUGGUUACAAGUGUAGAGUUUUGCGGGGGUACGCAUCUGCACUACACUGGUCAUAUUAAAAACUUUGUUAUUGCUUCUGAAGAAGCCAUUGCCAAAGGAAUCCGUAGGAUUGUCGGACUUACUGGUCCAGAAGCUGCUAAAGCUCUCAACAAAGCCGAAAUCUUGCAAAAUCGGCUCAAUACUAUCGAGAAAAAUAUGGCCGAUGAUAAAGAAUUCAAGUACACUAAAGAACACACGAAGAAUAUCCUAGAGUUGCUGAAUGAUGUGUCGCAAGCAACGAUAGCGGCUUGGAAAAAGGACACUCUGAGAAACACGCUGAAUGGGAUGAAGAAAACGCUUGAUGACAGAGAGCGCCAAGCUAAAGCAGCGGUGGCUACAAGUGUUUUGGAGAAGGCAACGUUGAUUAUUGAAGACAAAAUAGGCACUCCAGUGUUGGUUGAAGAAUUCCAGGCUUACAAUAAUACCAAAGCACUUGACGCUGCUUUGAAAAAGGUGAGGACACUGUCACCUGGUACCAGUGCGCUAUUUUUCACAAUUGACGAAGACACCAAGAAGAUUUUCGCCCUCGCUUCGGUCCCCAAAGACGCUGUCCAAAAAGGUCUGACUGCCAACGAAUGGAUACAGGCUAUUGUUCCACUGAUGGGAGGAAAAGGCGGCGGCAAGGCUGAAGCUGCUCAAGCUUCUGGUCCCAACUUCUCAUGUCUGAAAGAAGCCAUCAAGCUCGCAAAGGAGUUUGCUUCUUCAAAGCUUGGUAACUAAUAAUACUCUAGAAAUUAUAAAAUUUUUCUAUACUCUAGAAAAAAAUUAGACUGCGAAUUAAAAUUUUCACAAGCUUAUGGUUAAAAAAAAAAAAUUAAAAAAUUUGUUAAUUUUUUUUACAAUAUAUUUAUAAUAAAAAAUACA